UUCUCUCUUGCUGGCGAUUUUGUCCCCUCCCCACAGGAAAACCGCCGGCUUAUCCCUCCCCACAGCACCCCACAGCGCUACCGCCGCGCACAGCCAUGGCAUCCUCCUCUACCUACCUCAUGCUCGCCAGCGCCCGUGCUCCCCUCGCUCCUCUCCUAAGGCCAACGCUGAUGGCCCUCGUCGCGAGAACCGCCGCAGCCUCCAUCACUAGUGGCGCCAGAGCUAGUGUCCCUCUGUUCGUCAACCCCGCCGCCUUCCGGCCGGGAGUGCGGCGCUGUGGCUGGGCCCACAUCUGCAGAGACUCGUCCCUCCAGGGCCCUCCCGGCACCGAUUCUCCUGCCCAGAAGCAAGAGGAUAUGAAGAAGAGCGAGGCGGUGUCAGAGGCUGCUAUUCGGAUUGCCGGAGGCAGCGGCCGGAGGUUCAGCGACUGGAGCACGUCGGUGCUCAUCUUCGGGAUUUGGGGGGGACUCCUGUACUACGUCUUCCUGCUCGCGCCUAACCAGACACCGUACCAAGACACAUACCUCUUGCAGAAACUUUUAAAUCUGAAGGGUAACGAUGGCUUUCGAAUGAAUGAUGUUCUUGUUUCUCUAUGGUACAUUAUGGGCCUCUGGCCACUAGUCUACACUAUGUUGCUCCUUCCUACUGGUAGAAGUUCCAAAAGCAAGAUUCCUGUGUGGCCAUUCCUGGUUCUUUCAUGCAUCGGAGGAGCGUAUGCGUUGAUUCCUUACUUUGUCUUAUGGAAGCCGCCUCCACCUCCAAUUGACGAAGAUGAAAUUGGACAGUGGCCAUUAAAAUUUCUUGAGUCAAAGUUAACUGCAGGAGUAGUGUUUGCCUUGGGCAUUGGACUGAUCAUAUAUGCUGGCAAAGCUGGUGGCGAUGAUUGGAAAGAAUUUAUUCGAUACUUCAGGUCGAGCAAGUUUAUCCAUGCCACCUGCCUUGAUUUUACUUUGCUAUCAGCCUUCUCACCAUUUUGGGUCUAUAACGACAUGACAGCAAGGCGAUGGAAAAAUGGCUCAUGGCUUCUACCACUUGCACUGAUACCUUUUGUGGGGCCCUCACUAUAUCUUCUACUGCGCCCAUCACUUUCUUCCUUGCUGGAAGCAUCUGCUUCACCAUCUGAUGAAUUUAAAAAAUAAUUCAGAACUGAUGGAGAAUUUAGUUGUGGGCACAUGACAUGGGUAGAGAAAUGGUGAUCUGACAACUGCAUUUGUCAGCCCAAAUGCUAUGACAAUUGCUGAUUUGGAGCAAAUGCACAAUUUUGCAUGCCACCUUCCUGUUCAAAUUGCAUGGCGAUCCGGACAAUGAAGAUAUUGCCAAUAUUAUCGUCAUCUGGGUGCCUCACAAAUUUUGUCAGUGCUAUAUUUAUCGGUUAAUCUGCAACGUUUCAAUCUCUGAUGGAAGCUGUGUAUGUAUGCAACAAACUGCUAGGAUAUCAUACCUGUAUGCAUAGGUCAUUCAGGGUAUAGAAAGUUUUGCUCCUAUUACAGUGACAGUAAGGGGGUGUUUGGUUGAGGUGCUAAAUUUUAUAUGACAAUUAGUGUCCAAUCAUAGACUCAAAAUAUUCGUCUUGCAAAU